UCGAAUCCGUAAAACAAAACAAAAAUACAAAUCGGUUAAUUAACAAAAAAAAGUUACAGCUCUUCAAAGUACACCGGGAUCAUAUUGACUCCACAACACAGAUAAAGGGUUAACUACAAUGCUGCUACUCCUACCGAUCAGCAUCCACCAGAGAAGUGCCUAGCUAAGCAAAACUAAUGUAAUCAAAAGCGAUAUCGAGACAGCGAGAGCAACGGCUAUGCUCUAAGAUGCUUGCAUGCGAGAUCGAACUCGAUUCGCCUCGAUUCAGCAUAAGUGAAGUGCUGCUGGAAGCGAUCGAACGUGAUCUUGGUAACAACAUGGGAGUUCUUCAUUUCGACAGCUUUGUACGCGAAAAUGUUCCCAACGGUAUUUUUCACGUCGACAUGGAACAGGAAAUUCGGAAAUACGUGGAUGCGGCUGCGGCUCCGAUGGUCGUCAUUGACCUGAUUUCGCUGUACAAACCGUUGAGCAAAUACGAUCAAAGGGCACUUGCCCUUGGAGGACGAUUCAAGUUGGCGUAUUCCGUGAUAAGCGAGUUUUUUGAGAGGAUUAAAAAUCUCGGAGUUGAACUGGUAUUCUUUUGUUACGGUUCAAUACAAGAGCAGAAGGACGAAGGUUGGAGAGCUCUCCAGGACGCUCGGUACAUUAGAAAUUUAAAGGCCUUCGACGACGUUGAUGCGGGAAUCACGGUUGAAGAAUUUACCGAGCUGCACCCGAACAUGCUGAAUUUCCGCUUUCCUCUGACAAAUGUAGCGAAAAAAUAUGGGUCAUUAAAGUUGGCUUCCCGGAAAUCAUUGGAACGAGAGCUGGCGACAUAUGCGAACCAACAUAGAGCCUUGGCAAUUAUCUCUUGCAAUUCGGAUUUUCUCGUUUUCGAAGGAUCUUGGCGCUACUGGUCAUCCGAUCAGCUGAAACUUCCAUCUUUGAACACCAUGGAGUACAACCGGUCGGCAAUAGUAGACUAUUUGGGACUUGACUUCAAGCAAAUGCCAUUGUUUGCGACACUCGGUGGCAACAAGAUUAUGCCAUAUAACAUCGUUAAGAUCCUGCAUGCUCGACUCGGAACCAACAGAGACAAAUUUUACAACAUUGCUCGAUUUGUACGAGAACUUCCGAUUGCUCCACUUCAAGAAAUUAACAUUUUGCAUAUUCUGAAGUUGAUCACAAACCACGAUGAAGUCGAUAAACAACUCGUGAAGCAAUUUCAACAAAGUUUGGACGUUUACAGCUCCAACACCAGCGUGGAGAGUGUCCCCCCACCAAGAGAUCCAAUUUUGAGUGCACUUUCAGAGGACGAUUCUCCAUUCACAUACCUCAUUUGGCAGCAAAAAGCUCCAGAAGUUGCUAUAGGUCACAUUGAUCUGCGUGACCCUGGCUCUGACAGCGCACAGCUUUUAAUCUCACUUAUCGUUCGGAUGGCUGGAAUCGUACUGUUUCAUAAGGAACCACACCGACCACGUCACUGCUCAGUUAUCAUCAAAUUGGACCACAUGAGCUCCCAUCAGGAACAUUGUUUCCCAGUGCAGUAUCCACCUGAUGUCGAACCACCCACUUUGCCCGAGUUGUUAUCCAGGGACCCCGCCGAACAUCUUCGCUUGCAAGACAUCAAAUUCCAUCUGCUAGCGUGGAUUAUCUCCGAUACCCUUCAGCCUGAUCGUCUUCAACAGAUUCCACAUCCGUUGCGCUCAACCGUUUACACGCUCUACUACUUAAUCCAGCACAAUGCUCUUGAACUCUUCGAGGCCGACCUGUUUCUGCAGGUGGCCUACGACGUGGUCUACAAAACGUACGAUCCUCACUCAUUGGAGUACCCGAGCGUCAUCAAGAGUCGUCCGUACCGAAUGGUUUUUCUGUACCAAAAAGUGUAUGCAUGGACCUGGAAAGCCUUCCGACUUCUGGGCAUCAAUGGUGGAAACCAUUUGCAGGAUGGCAUUGCAUUCGACGGUGUUUUACUCCAUAAGCGAUACGACGAGUGGAGUCGCGGAAUGUAUGACUUGGAUCGCAUUAAGCACAUGAGAAUCUACGAAGAGUUGGUUGAUGUGUCCAAUAACGGAAAAGAUAACGCAGGCUGGUACGUCGCAGGAAAGAACAAGCGCAGGAAUAACAACAAACUUUCUGGAAAAUAACUGAUUAAUCUGAUUGUAUACAUUAUGUGUUUUAUUUUUGUAUUCUAAUAACGAAUUGAAUAA